AUCACGCAGAGGCUGAAAAUUAUGCGGUUUGUGAAUGCGCGGCGGUGCUGUCAAUAGCGUUGAAGAAGGGCGGGAUGUUAGGAUCGGAGAUAGAGUUCGGCAAUGUGUGGUGGUACGUUUACGCAGGAAUAUCCUGCUUCCUUGUGAUGUUCGCUGGGGUAAUGUCGGGCCUCACGCUCGGCCUCAUGUCCUUGGGCCUCGUCGAGCUCGAGAUCCUCCAGCGCAGCGGCACCCCCGCCGAGAAGAAACAGUCUGCUACGAUAUUCCCGGUGGUUAAGAAGCAGCAUCAGCUUCUCGUGACAUUGCUUUUAUGUAAUGCCGUUGCAAUGGAGGCCCUUCCUCUAUACCUAGAUAAGAUCUUCAAUCAAUAUGUUGCCAUUAUACUAUCAGUUACUUUUGUCUUGUUUUUUGGGGAGGUCAUCCCUCAAGCAAUAUGCACUAGAUAUGGGCUCGCCGUGGGUGCCAAUUGUGUCUGGCUUGUUCGUUUUCUCAUGGUUGUUUGCUACCCGAUUGCUUACCCAAUCAGCAAAGUUCUGGAUUCGGUUCUGGGGCAAAAUGAUGUGCUGUUUAGACGAGCUCAGUUGAAAGCUCUCGUUUCUAUCCACAGCCAGGAGGCUGGAAAAGGUGGUGAACUUACACGUGAUGAGACAACAAUUAUUAGUGGAGCACUAGAUUUGACAGAGAAGACUGCUGAGGAGGCCAUGACGCCAAUCGAGUCAACAUUUUCGCUGGAUGUUAACUCUAAGCUUGACUGGGAAGCAAUUGGUAAGGUUCUGGCUCGUGGUCAUAGCCGUGUUCCAGUCUACUCUGGGAAUUCAAGGAACGUCAUUGGACUUUUACUGGUAAAAAGCCUUCUCACUGUAAGAGCAGAAACAGAGACCCCUGUCAGUGCUGUUUCCAUUCGGAGAAUCCCUCGUGUUCCUGCGGAUAUGCCUCUCUACGACAUACUCAAUGAGUUUCAAAAGGGUAGUAGCCAUAUGGCCGCUGUUGUGAAGACCAAAGGCCAAAGCAAAAGGCCUCCAUCAAUUUUGGAGAAGUCUGAGGAGAACGAACCCACAAACGGGGGUUCGGAUAUAACCACCCCAUUGCUAACAAAGAAAGAAGAUAAGCCUGAUACUGUUGUUGUCGACAUUGAGAAGGUGUCAAAGUCGCCAUCCAAAGCUAACCUUGCGUAUAAUGAAGCAGUUCUGAAUGGGCUGGUUGGUCCAGAUGAGUCAGAAGAUGGUGAAGUCAUUGGCAUCAUCACUUUAGAAGAUGUUUUCGAAGAACUUCUACAGGAGGAAAUCGUUGAUGAGACAGAUGAGUAUGUUGAUGUCCAUAAGAGGAUACGCGUGGCAGCAGCUGCAGCUGCUUCGUCUGUAGCACGAACCCCUUCAAAACGGAGGUUACCGGCCCAGAAAGGAGCUGGAUCAAAGCAAGGGCCGACUCUGAAAAAAGUGGGGGAGGAGGACACCACCUCGGUAAAGCUUCCAAGCAGUGUUGGUGAGGCGAAGAGAUAAUAAGACGCCAUAAAUUUCACGCUUACCAGGAGAUAGACAGAUACUUUGCAGGAAACUCUCAACCAUGACCUUCAAAUUUCCAUCUCACAAGAAUCACAGAGCACCUCCAAGCGAUGUAGAGACGCGCGUGUUGCUCUUGAACAUAACGCGCGCACUUUUGCCAUGGCCUUGCCGCCCUCUGCACCUGAGUCGACUCCAUGAUCAUUGAGGUUUCGUGGUCUUUAGCUGCUAGAUUGAUCGAUGAGCUGCUUCCCACAUUUUUAUGCAAACUUGUCUAGCGAUAUGGGCUAGUUUAUAUAUAAAUGCACACACAUAGGGAUGUGUGUGUUUUUUUGCUUGUGAUACCAAGUUGAGAAGGGACCCAUUGUUUGGGAAAGGAUGAAUAAGCAGAGUCAUCAGUUUGUCUC